AUGAUGUGCCCAUGGAAGCUGUUCACAAAAUCUUCAGUAAUCAAUGGCAAAACGUCUUACGAUGUUAUGGACAUAAACAAUAACAAUAACCUGACCAUGGGGAUAACGCAAAGGUAACACAUGCUAUAUGUAUAAUGCAGUAAUUCCAUUACUUAUAGGAAUCCACGUGGGUGCAUUUAUUGGUGGGGGUCUACUGGAAAUAAAAAAAAAAAUCAUAAACUUCUUUAUGAAAACAUUUGGAUUAGUUAUUAAUUCUGUUAUUUUAUGCAUAUUCUGUUAUUUUAUGUUAUUUUACGUAUAGUGUAGUAUAGUAUAGUAUAGAAUAGCAUAUACUGCAAAUACAUUAUUCCUUUAACUAUGGAUGCUUCUAAAUAAUAUAUCCUGCAUCAGUAUAUAACACCCUUACAGGUCCUUGUAAAAAAAAAAAACUAAGCAAGUUUACGAUAGAUUAUGAAGUCAAAUUAAAAAAAAUGGCCAGUCUAGUCUUCCCAUUAGGAAUGCCAUUGUUACUUUGCUCAUAUGUUCUGUUGAAUGGUAUUUUCGGAACAACAUAUCCUUUACCACUUCCACUGAAAGGUUACUCCUGCAUAUACUAUAUUUUAGUGGCAUGUUAUGCUCUCAUUAUACCAUUUGAUAGUCCACCUUCCAUCUUCAAAUCACACCAAGGUUGUUAUUAAUACUUAUUAUUUUUCUUUUUAUCGAAACAUCACGUUAAGUUAAUUACCUCUACUUAAUACCAACCAACCUCCACGGAUCUGGUGCUGUAUUGAAGGUUGGCAACAGUUGAUGAAAAUUAACAUUUUAUAACUGGUGUCUGACCCUGAUCCAUUUGAUAUCCUCAUAUAUUUUAUGGAAUGUGCUUCUUGAUACCGUUACUGUCUCAGUGGCACCUGCUUGCCCCAUCUGGCAAGGAGUCAAUGAAUAACUUUGGCUUCCUAGAAAUUCUUUAACUGCAGUUCCCAAGACGCACAUCCAGCUCUAAGGCAGGCUGCAUACAUGUCAAAUGUAGUCUAGAGAUAUUUAGGGUGAAAAGAUCCUCACUGCUUUAUUUCGACAAAGGCACUAUAGUUAUUUAGUGUUUUGGAAUAGACCAUAUUUAGAUAUUGAAGUCAUUUUAUCCCAGCUUGCAUUUAAUCCAGGUAAAAUUUGAUACAUGCAAACAUUUUGGUAUUGUUUAAAUUAUUUUAAAAUUAGGUUUUUAAACAAAUGUUAGAAUUAUUUCACAAAGUUCUUUCAAUUUACCCUCAUCUUUUGCUAAACAGAUAUAGGGCUCAGAGUUUGCUCGAUGGAGGUACAAUAUCUACAUAAGAUAUUAUUUUUAAUACUUUUUCGUUAAAAUUGUUUGCUUCCUAAAUUGUGUGUGAUGCUGCAGACUUAUGUUGGACAAAAUUUAGAUUAUCACCUUUUGUAGCUAUAGGGCAUCAUGAAAGCUGUAGUUCUACAACAGAUGGAAUUUUACCCUUUGCCCCCCUCACCACAUACUACUCAAUCAAUGUACUUGCAGAAAAGUUAGAAAUUAUAUUUGUCUCUUAAAUAAAAGAAUAGAAAACCAAUAUUGAUCUUUGUAAAUACAGUCAUUGUUUCAUUGCAUGUCAUGCCCAGCUAUCAUAAAGUAGACACUCCCAUGACCGUAUCUAGACGCACUGUCAUCCAUUGAAGCGGUUGUCUGUGGUUAGGCUGUCAACAGGCAAGUUUUUCUAGCUUUCCCUGAGUUCAAGAUUUUCCCUAUAACCUGCAGUGUUUUUCACUGUGUGAAUUGUUGUGACUUUUCACCCUUUACUUAAGUAUGAAUAGAACACUUAGCAUAGUUGGUUUAUGCAAACCUUACAGCAAAAAUAAAGACCAUAAAAGUUUUGGGAACAGGUAAUAGCUCAGAGAAACCUCAAAAGCUUGUCAGUCGGUUAGUCCCAUCUCAGGUCUCAAAAAUAAGAGCAGUCCAGAUCUGAAUUGCUGGAAAUGGCCUUCUGCACCAAAGACACAGCAGCCACAGUCGUUUCGGUCUUCUUUUGGGCAUCAUCAGCAGGGUGUAGCUGAUACCUCUCUAGGCACAGUUAGCACGGACAUUUCAGAGCCAAAUGUGAACCCAGUACUCAAUGUACCUAGAUGGAUAUUAGCUACACCUUGACACCACUAAUAAGGCCCAAAGUCCAAAGUCCGAAACAAUCGUUUCGUCUGGGGUUUCUUUAUCUCUUAGAGUGUUCAUAUUCUUUCAAAUUAAGAUUUCUCUGUGCUUCUGGCCAUUCUCAGGGCUCUCAUAUUCCCUGCCUUACACAAAACUUUAACUUACAGCCUGCUGUAAUGGUUAUUUUGUGAGGAGCACCCUGUUGCUGUUCCCUGCAAUGCAAUAGUUCCCGUUUUGCCAUGGUUUGCCCUUUUACCUGGGCUACUACCAGACACAGGCCGUCUUCCGAUGGCAAUCCCGUCAGUCAUUCAUUGGUUGAGUGUUCCAUGCCCAAAUAAUGCUGCUGAAGGUGGAAAUACACCUGCAGUAUCAAAGGAGUUAAACCCUGUAUGUGAAGCGUUUCAUAAUGUAACAGUGAACAAACAGACUCCACGACCAAAGCACUGGAGUGGUCAUGGUGCUUGGAGUAACUCUUUAAUUAUGUGACAUAAGACAAACAAAGGUAUCAAUGAAUAUUAUAGCAUAUGUAUAUGUUGUGUGGUUAGGAAGAAAACAUCACACACCAACCUUUUUGGUCAUCUCUAAGAGAUAUGUGCGGUAAACUUUCUAAACAUUACUAAAAUGAAAACACACUACAAUAAAAAGUGUAAACAUACAAAUACUAAAUAAGUUAUUCUAGUUUAAUAUAUUCACCGAAUGCUAUGUAAAAAUGUUCACCCUUCCAAGCAUGUUUCUAUUUUCUAUACAUGUCAUAUAAAUUCCAAGAUGCAAGUUUAGUGAUUCACGAUAGGUAGAGAAAAUUAAAAGACUCAAGUCAAUGAAGUUCCUUCACGUCUUUGUUAGCUGCUGAUCAUAAGUCACAAUCAGUUAAAAGAAAAUGUUUGAUAUAGUGUUAAAACGUCAUAUUUUAUUUAGCGUUUCUUGAAGAAUUCUCAAGAUCCUUAUGCAUUAAAAGCAUCAUAAAUAGUAAACUGCUCGCCAUUGGUAUAAUUUGGGAGAUGCUGAAUACAGAGGGUUAAUAUUAUUUAUAAAUGACUUGUUUUACACUAGUAGCCUUUUAUUUAAUUCUAGUGCCACUUUCCCAGCUGUUGUUUGAAGUGACAGGUUUGAUAAUUUCCUGCCAGUACUGAACGGAUUUCCAGGACAUUUUAAGAAAAACAAUAGUAGCUUUCCACUAUGAAAUGCUACAAUAUGACUGAGCUCUAGAAAGUGGUAUCUUGAAUACAUUCUGUUCUUUCAUGCUGCAGUCCUUCCUACAAAACAUCCAAUAAUUCAACUCAAUAAUGUUUGAGGAUAGGAUACAGAAGGUGAUAGAGCUAUAAUCCAUUAAGGAUGUUAGGACAUUUUAUGCUGUACUAAAAAUAGUGGACAUUAACACCGUUAGACGUGCACGAAACAUCCUGCAGUUUUGGUGUGAGCAGUGUUAGAUCCCUGCUCAAUCCAGGGUGACUUAAGUAUCAUUUGAUACCUAGGGGCCCCUCCCUGUUAGUGGCUCUAAAGUGACAAAUGAGCUGUAUGCCACGCUCAAAGUGAGCACUGCAUAUAGCCCACUAAACCCAUUUAAAUUAGCUAUCAAGCACUAUCCCCGUGUGAUUGGCAUAGACAGCAUUCUAUGCAGAAGCAGAACAGGGACAGUUACAGAGCAGAGAGUGCUGCAGUCACAGAGCAGAGAGUGCUCACAGAGUGCCCUGUACUGUGUGAGUUUGGAUAUCCCUGUGCUGAUGUCAGUACUGAGUUAGGGCUAGGGUUAAAGUUAUGGUUAGGUAGGGUUAGUGUUAGGGCAGGUUUAGGGUUAGUAAAGGGUUAAUGCUGGCUUACUAUUAAUGCAGGGUUAAGGUUAGGGAUAGUGUACAGGUAAGACUAGGGUAGGCUGCUGUGUGGUUAGUGUAAGCAUUAGGGUUAGGGAUAGGGUUGGUGUUAAUUUAGGGGUAGGACUGGUAUAGGAUCAAGGUUAACUCAAAAAAUCGAUUUAGAUUAUCUACACUUAACACUGAAUUUUGUGCAGGUGCAGGUUUAAAAAAAUAGACACAGCUUGGCAGUUUUAUCCUAAUUUUGCAAUUUGCUUUUUAAAUCUCUGCAAUUCAGUGUUUAGUAAAUAAUCCUUAAAAGUCUUUGUUCUUGCAUUUUAUUAGUACAUACCAUGUUUUGUUUACCUUUUUGGGCUCAAUAGCUCUCUCUCUGUUUAAAUACCAAAACUCUAAAACAUUUUUAUCAGAUUCAUUUAUUUAUAUUAUAUAUAUAGAUGUAUGUUAUUGAUUCUUGUGUAACAUUUAUUAAACAAUAAUAUAUUUUUGUGACUAUUGUGGUCAAGCAACAAUAGUUUUGUUGAAUUCAAUUUUCCAUACGUUAGUCAUCAAACCGAACUGUACAGGAAGGAUGACAUCACAUGUGCAUUAAUACAGUGUCACAUAGAUUAUCAAUUCAGACAUUUCUUCCAACACUCCCUGAUCUGCACAUACAUGGGGAGCAUAUCAGGGUUGGGCUAACUGUGCCCCCUGUGGCUGUAUCCUCAGUAAAUUCCAUUGCCUACAGUCAGCCUUUCAUAUAUGGAUCAUCGAAUUUGUGCGUCAUCAUCUACAGGGCUUAAUAAGAGCCCCAUAGAAGAUAUACAAAAGAGUAUCCAGUGUGAUCAAUGUAGUAUGAUACAGUCAUAUAUAUGCCAACGGUAGCAUUAGUAAAGAGGUCUCUUAUUACAUUUCAUGGUGGUUAUAAGUUGGAAUUGAUGCUUUGCUGUGUUUUACUGACACAACUGAAGAAAUUGAAGUGAUGGAGGAAUGUAUAACUGCUCAGGAUAGGUAACGGUCAUACUACUAUAAUACAUAAUGAGGUUGGCUAGUUUGAAAACACUGUUCUUCUGGAUUGCAGUCACGUUGUGUUGUGUUUGGCAUGGUGACAUAUGAAAUCAUGCACUUGUUUCGUAAAUGCUUUGAGUAUUUUCUUCUAGCAUCACUGAAUGAAUUGAGUGUAUUGCCAUACGUAGAGCUUUGUUUAUUGUGCAAUGUUAUGAUUUAAUUCAACAGUAAAUAAAAGUGGUUCUAGGAAAAAAAAAGUGGACUGUGAUGCAAAGUUCUUAAAUUAGAACCUUCACCAAAGAAAACUAGCUGGAUUUUCCAGCUGAUAAGCUCUGCUUUUAGAACUUUGAUCUAGGAUUUCACUGCAUACAUAGCCAGACAGAGCCUAUAACUAGCAGUUUAUUGAAAAUUAUUUGAACAAAAAAGGUAGUUAUUGGAGAACCGUAAAAAAGUUGCAGCUUCGUAAAUCUGAUAAGGGUUCACCAGAAAAGCUCAAAUAACAGUCUUAAAUACCUCCUAAAAAAACUAUCAUUUGGAAAAAAGAAAACACAAACAGACCAAUGGGAGUGAUUUAAAUUCAAAUUGAGCAGUAUUUUAAUAUGAUUUAUAUAGCUAUAAAUAUAUAUCUUAUUUUUUUUUUCAGUUCCUGCAAACAUGAAGAGGUCAAAAAUAAUUUGAAGCAAAAUGAUAUAAUUGGAUUGAAAUCUGAAACAGUGGUAUGUGCAUCAACAAACAGAUAAGAAUUACUUUUUGUAUUAUUUAUGAUUUUGUGUGUGUGGUUAAAUACAAGUGACAAGCUGUAAUACAGACAACAAUAUGAUGGAAAACCAUUUAAAAACUUGUGAUAAAACUGGGCAUCUGUAAGGAUCAGCAUCACUAAUUACUGCCAUAAUUUAUAUCAAUUUAUAAAUUGCUUGAGAUGUUUGAAAGAUCAAGAGGCUGAUGAGAAAUGGAGGGAUAGAUGUAAGGAAUGAAGGAUGGAUGGACAUAUAGUCAGAUGUUGUUCUUGGCAGACUUCCUACCAGUAGACAAAUAGAUAUACAGACAGAUCAGACAAACAGACAGACCGAUGUGCUGUACAAUAAUCAGCAAUAUACAUAUCAUCAUUUUUUGAUUGUUCAAUAUAUUUUAAUUCUUUUCAUUGUGAAGGAUACUCCAGAAAACCUCAAACUGCUUCAUAAAAAUAUUUCCUGUCCAAAAUAUUUGAAACUAAAGAACUAUGAAAAUGGAAAAAUCUUACAAGACACACUACACCUCAAUGCCAAAAAGGUGAGCAAUAAUUACAUUAAUCCUAUAACUUCCCACAGUGGCCUUGAUUUCUUAUUUUUUGGAUAAACUUUUCAAAUGAUUUAAUAGUAUGAAUUUAAAAAAACUAAUAAUAUUUUGAUAUUUGUUAUUUUUUUAUAUAUUAUUUAUUUUUUGAUAUUUCCACAUAUUGAAAACAAUCACUGUAAAAGUUUGUCCAAUAAUAUUAAAUACAUUGAAAAGCUUAUCCAAAAAUAUUAAGUCAAGGCCAAUAUUUGCACUUGUGCUACAAAUGAAUGCUAAAUUAAGUUUUGUCCAUAAAGCCCAGAUUGGUUUCAUCUUUGUUCCACUGCUGGUGUAAAGGAACACAUUUCUGCAUUUAUGGAGACGGACUUUAAACACCUGUCUCCUCCCUUUCUUUCACACUCUACAGUAAAUGGUGUAGAUCAAAUUUUAAGCUGCAUUCUACCAGCUGGUGGAAGGGUACCAAGGGCUCCGAGUACUACCAGCACAAUGACCACACAGCAGAACUUCAUUGCAGGGUGCAACAGCAGUCUUAAGAAUGUAGAACUGGCUAUUGUACAUAUAAAUUGACUGUAUGUGUAGCUAUACAUUCACUAUUUUUGCAUUCUGGUGGUGUUUUUAGAAAGCCAUAUUCCCAAGAAAAGUCAUUAGACUCCUUACAAACAACUACAUAUAAGCUACCAUUGUUAUUAAUCUGAAUUUGCCUAACCUACUGAAGGUAACAAAAUAGGUAUUUUUUCUUCAAUGCAAAUAUUUCAUGCUUUGUUUGAAGUAUUGUAAAAGAAGGGAUACUGUGAUGCCUCUAAAACAUCUUAUAGUGAGAUAUCUAAUUAAAGCAUGAACAAAUAUAUAAAAAAAAAAAAAAUAGCGUACAUCAUUAAUAUUUCUAUAGUCCUGUAUAAAAUAAUAUAAUAUGUAUACAAAAUUGCUGUUGUAUGCUAAAUGUAUUUACUAGCUCUGUGUCUGCCAAAGAAAUGUUUAGCUGUUUUUUUGUAUUUAAAGUAACACUCCAAGCUUUAUAACCACUGCAGCUCGCUUGUCCAUAGAGCAAUGUAACAAUUUCUGUGGCAGGUAAAUUGAAAUUUAUUACUAGAAUUGUUUUAGUACAUUUAACAAAACAUACUGACGUGCUUUUCUUUUGCCUUUUAAAGUAAAGUUUAUUUUAGGCAACGGGUUUCAGUUAAAUACAGUAAAUGCGUAUCUGCAUAAAAAAAAAAAAAAAUCAAAAUGUGAAUGACUGUUUACUUUUCAGAACCUCAGCUGCCAAUCCAAAGUUUGUCACGGAUCAAUCAUGAACCCUAAGAAUUAUAUAAGGGGUCCCAGGGAGGAGAGGGUACCUGCUGAUGUUGUAUUACCUCAAGCGAUCGAAUUCAUUAACCAAUAUUACAAUUCCUUCAAAGAGUAAGUCACUCAGUGAUUCUUUAAAUGUAUACUUUGUUGCUUGUCACGUAGGCAUGUCUGUAUUUAUGUAGAGACGUAGGCCCAGUUUAUGUAUUCAAAUACCAACUGUCUUGAAAUGUUGAAUUUCAAGUAUUGGCCACAUACUCUGACAAGACACAUGUUAACACGGUCUGUUGUGUUACUAUUGUUGGCUUUUCUAAAUUACACAUCUUUUCAGUCCACAAAUAGAAAACCACCUCAAUAGGCUAGAGAUUGUUGUCAAGGAAAUCGAUAGGACCGGAACGUACCAACUAACGUACGAUGAGCUUGUUUUUGCUGCAAAACAAGCAUGGCGAAAUGCUCCCAGGUGUAUCGGAAGGAUUCAAUGGUCUAAUUUACAGGUAUGAAUAAAAAUUCACACUUUUGUGAACAUUUUUAAUUUUUUAUGUAGGUACAUUCUAUUUAUUAUCAACAAAGAUGCAUAAGUUUGUAAGUUAAAAAAAACACUGUAGUGUCAGGAAUACAAACAUGUAUUCCUGACACUAUAGUGCUAAAAGCAUAUUUUAGGUGGCUGACCCCCCCUUGGCCUGUACAAAAGUGUUAAAACUCACCUUUAUUCCAGCACUGCGCAGGUCCACCCCCCAGUCUGCUUCCUUGGCUGCGAUCCUCAAAAUUGACAAUGUCAGCCAAUCCAAUGCUUUACCAUAGGAAAGCAUUGGGAGGCUAUUGCGCAUGUGCAGCAAAACUCUGUGCUGUGCCAAUCAGCACCUCCUCACAGACAUGCAUUGAAUCAAUGCAUUUCUAUGAGGAACAUUCAGUGCCUCCAUGAAGACUGUAGAGUCCCUGAAAGUCAGUGCUGCACAUUGUGCAGUUCUGACCCAGGAAGCACCUCUAGUGGCUGUCUGAGUGAUUGCCACUAGAAGUGUUCCUAGGCAAUAAUGUAAAAACUGCCUUUUCUCUGAAAAACUACAGAUUACAGACACCAGUACUAUACUACAUUAAGCUGUAGUUGUUCGGGUGACUACAGUGUCCCCUGAAGAACAUGUCAUUUUAGAUCAAUUCACUAAACAGUCAAUUGUGGUUUUUUUUUUUUCCUACUGAGUUAUUGCAGCAAACAUUUUGAAGUCAUCUGUUUAUUCACCACAGUUUAUUUCACCACAGUGCUGUUUGCUUGCGAAUCCCAUAUUGCAUAAGGCUGCUCUAAUAUUGUUCAUUAGAAUUCUAGCAAUCUUUCAUUUUAUAUUUGUAUUUAAUAACCAGAAUAGAGCUUCAACCAAUCUCUGAUAUAGGAAUUACUGUAAAGAUAUUAAAUCUAGUGAUUUAUGUGGCAGAUAGAUUGUUCAAUUUUUCUGUAGGGUGGGAAGAAGUCAUUACAAAAUCCCAUAGAUGUAUAUAAACUCUCAGGGUUGUUUGGACAAUUUAAAGUGAACUUGAAUUGAAUUGGACAAUUUUCCAGAUCAGCUGGUUUGGCUAGAGAGGGCUUCAAUUCACCUGAAAAAAUGAUAGCUCAUCUUCAUUUCUUUGAAGCAGUACACCAAAAUAACAUGAGUUGAGUUUAAAAAAAGAAAAUGUUAAUUUCAUGUCAUAGAAUUUAAGGCAUAUUAUUUCAUUAAAUAUACAAUGUCACCUAGCACUCUGAAAUAAGGAGAAAACGCCUUGAUUUAGGCAAGAAUACUUGAGUUGGGUAAAAUUGUUUUCCAAUCAUGCUUUUAUGACCUCAAUUUUAGAAGUCAGUUAAAAUAUUAAUUAAAUUUGCUGUUUAGUGGAAAAAAAAACCUUAGGUAUCAAGAAAAUCUAAAAAUAAAACUACAUAUGCAAUCAUUUAUUUAUUUUUGUUCAAGGUAUUUGAUGCACGCAACUGCAAGACAGCCAAAGAAAUGUUUGAUCUUAUUUGUCGACACAUUAAAUAUGCCACGAAUGGUGGGAAUAUCAGGUGAGCUGUUGCUAGGAUUCAUGCAUGCAGAUCACAAGAUAGCAAUAUUAGAGCUGGAUUCUAUUACAUGUGAUAAACUUAAAGGAAUACUCUAAGCACCAAAACAACUUUAGCUUAAUGAAGCAGUUUUGGUGUAUAGAGCAUGCCCCUGAAGUUCCGCUGAUCAGUUCUCUGCGAUUUAUGAUUUAAAUAAUUUUUUGUUUCUAUGUAUAGCCACACCUUCCUCAGGCUAUGAGUCACACAGGCUCCAUGAAAAAAAAAAUGUUUAAUCUUUUGUGCAUUAGAAUUCUAGCAAUCUUUCAUGUUAUAUGUGUAUUUAAUAACCAGAAUAUGGCUUCAACCAAUCUCUGAUAUAGGAAUUACUGUAAAGAUAUUAAAUCUAGUGAUUUAUGUGGCAGAUAGAUUGUUACAUUUUCCUAUAGGGUGGGAAGAAGUAAUUUCAAAAUCACAUAGAUGUAUAUAAACUCUCAGGUUUGUUCGCUAAUUCAAAGUGAACUUGAAUUGAAUUGGACAAUUGUCCAGAUCAGCUAGUUUGGCUAGUGAGGGCUUCAAUUCACCUGAAAAAAAUAGAUCUUACAGCACAGUGUGUUUACGUUAGAAGUUCAUUGUAAAUUGAACUGUACUCACACUCAGGAGACCAUAGCAGGCUAUUAACAGAGCAGGAGAUGGGAAAUUAUAAAUUUAGCACACUGUGCUAUAAGGGAACUUAAGAAAUAUAGACUCUUUUUUCAGGAAGUGUGUAGAGAGACUAUGAGUCAGCUAAAUUAACAAAGUGAUUCAAUACCUAAAUGACAGAUAAUUGAGAAGCAAGAUUGCAGGGGAUUUAUAGUAACUCCAUAGCAGUUCUUUCAUUGACUAUGGGAGUAUUUCUUUUCAAUUGCCUAUUUAACAGAAUCUAGCCCUGAAUGUGAAAUUUACUACAGAAAGCUUUAAUCUCCUCAUGAAAAGUGAUUUGCCAGGUUUGUAAUUUUAUUAACAUUUUUUUACAUAGCGUGUUGUCAAGAUGGUUUAAUAGCAAACUCACAAAUUAUACAGUAGAAUACUAAACAAGUUAAGCUUGAAAUGUUAAUUUCGAAGACUGUAUCUUUUCUUAUGCAUGUGCAUAUAAAAAACAGCAACUAACCAAAUAAACUAUGAAUUGUUUUGUUCUAAGGUCUGCAAUUACAGUAUUUCCCCAGAGGACUGAUGGGAAGCACGAUUUCCGCAUGUGGAACAGCCAGCUGAUUCGUUACGCAGGCUUUGAAAUGGAAGAUGGCUCUGUCCUUGGUGAUCCAGCCAGCACAGACUUUACCAAGGUAUGCUAAAUUAUUUUGUUACCAAAAGACACAAAUCUGGUUACGAAGAUUCUGAUUUUUAUCUCUGCUAUUCAAAUCGUCAGUGAUAUAGUCAUAUCAGUAUUAUUAUUGUAUACAAAGCAUGACAAAUUCCAUAGAUUUGUAUGAUCAUUCAUUGAAAUACCUAGGAGUUUAUUCACUAAAUUGUGAAUUGUGGUGUAUCGAAAAUGGAAUUGCAAAAUUUAGGCCAAAAUAGAUAGUUUGGAAAAAUUCUCAACUAUUGUCAAAGUUUAGAUAUUUUAGCUAGAAUGUUGAACCCGUACCGAGGUCACAAAUAGAUUGUUCCUUAACUAAAAACAAAUAUAUCUGUUUCAGUUAUGUAUUCAUCUUGGAUGGAAGCCAAAAUAUGAACGGUUUGAAAUCCUUCCAUUGGUGCUCCAGGCAGAUGGUCAGGAUCCUGAAAUGUUUGAGAUACCAUCAGAACUCAUCCUUGAAGUUGUAAUGGAACAUCCAAGGUAAGUUGUCUUACAAGCAUUCAAACGUUCCUUAUGAUCUAUAACAAUUUUAAAAUAUUCCUAUUUUCUACCAGCUUGUGCACCUAUCAAAUGCAACACGAUGGGCUCUGUCAAUUGAAAAUAUUUCAGGAUUUAAGGAUCUAACUUUCAGGAUUUACAGAUCUAUUUACUAAACUCUGCAUAUUGUCCACAUUAACAAAAUUUGCUGAAAAGGCUGGAAUUCCAACUGGAUUGGCAAUUCUAAUAUUUACUAAAAUCAAUUCUGGUUUGAAUUUGGUCAGCUUGACCGAAUCUGUUCCAUUCGGCCUAAUGCAUUCUGUAUCAUCUUUAAAAUCAGUGGUUUUUACAUCUGACAUUUAGACAUUUACAAAGCACUAAUUUAAAAAAAAUCUCUGGACUGAUUGCAUCUGGUAAGAUGCACAUUAGCAAACUAAUUUACUUGCUAGGAUAAUUGUCAGGACUAUUUGCUACAGGUUUUGAUCCUUUUGUUCCGGUUUGUUCCGUGCAAUGUUAUUUUGACUUUAAGCUUUAGAUCUACUGACAAUUAAAAACUGCAUUAUUAAAUGCAUGCUUUCAUUUUGUGUAUAUCUACUAAAUAGUGAUUUGUAUAAAUGGAAAGGCAAAGCUUGUAGUUGUAGGUGGAGAUAUUCCGGCCUAUAAAUACACAGGCUGCCCCUUCCUCAGGGCUCAGACUGUCUGGUUCAGCCAACCCACCACUCCCUUUAUCAAGCCAUUUAAAUUGGUGGCCCUCUUUUUACAGGCCUAACCGAACAUCGGUUUCGGCACACCACAACUGACUUAAUAUAACUCAGCUUAUUGUCCUCAACUACAAAUAUAUAUAUAUAUAUAUAAUUCACACUGGGUCUUGCACUCCUGCUCCCAGUCUUGUUUAUUGCCUAGGUGCCACUCCGACCUCAAAAUAUAAAAUACCUUGUUGGAAGUGCACUCACAAGACUUGAUACUGUUGCCAAAAAUGUGCCAUUUAUUCAAGCUUCAAAAGUUGAUUACAUAGUGUCGACGUUUCAGUCCACUGGGGACUUUUUUCAAGACAAUCUAACAAUGUGACUCAUUGCAUUUAAAUAUACACUGUGAACUGUUGAUUGGAGGGUAAAGGAACACUAACGAGGUUCAAUUACAUCAGGUGCAUCGUGAGUAUAACAUAUGGUACCAAUUACUAAAGUGUUUGUUUAAUUAUAUAUACAGUAUUCAAUAAAAUCAUUGAACAUACCUAAAGUGAAAAAACUCAACUAUUUACAUAUCCUCAGGGUUCAGACUGUCUGGUUCAGCCCACCCACCACUCCCUUUAUCAAGCCAUUUAAAUUGGUGGCCCUCUUUUUACAGGCCUACCCGAACAUUGGUUUCGGCACACCACAACUGACUUAACUUAAUAUUACUCAGCUUAUUGUUCUCGACUACAAAUAUAUAUAUAUAUAUAUAUAUAUAUAUACAAUAUUUUUUACAUCUUUUUAUUUGCAUUCUCGUCAGGCAAAGCAUCCUGUCAAGACGGGUUAGCAAAGACAUCCUUUAUAUCAGGACAGAACUCAAGAUAGAAUUCAAGAUGAACAAAUCUAAGAUUUGUAGGUCUUUAACUGCCCUUUAACAUGUGGGAGCAAUACCUAAAACUGAUGAUCUUACCACCCGAGCACAAGUGGGUUGGUACUCUUUCUGAGUUUCAGAAAUCAGGAAUUCUUAUUCUCAGAACAGAAAGUGAUAGUUCAAACCCUUCUAUCAGCUAGCAUGUUGAAAUAAACAUGCAUCCUCUUUUAUCAGAACAUCUGACCUCUUCCAUUUUACUUGCACAAGCACCUGACUGUCAAAGUUAAUAUUUUAAGCAAAUCAUUAAGUUUAUGCAUUGGUGACAUCAGCACAGACUUAUGCACCAAAGUAUACACUAUGGCAAGAGUAGGAAACCUUCGUCAGUCCAGAUGUUGUGGACUACAUCUGCCAUAAUACUCUUACUGUCAUUAUGCUGGUAAAUAAUCAUAAGAGAUGCAAUCUAAAACAUCUAGAGUGUCAAACGUUGCCUAUCUCUGAGAUUUGGGAAUUGCUAGUGCAGUGAGAUAUACGGGCUGCUAUGCAUUCCAAUGCAUUCUGCAUUUCAUGUGUUCAUGACUUUAUUGUACUGGGUCUGAGAUGUAGACAUCGUGUAGGCAUUCCAUUGCACAAAACAGAAAAAAAAUAAUAGUUAAUAAGCAAAUAACCCUGUUAAUCUUUAAGUACACUGGUGAUUUCAUUGGAGCAAUGUUCAGUUUAAUUCAUUAUACUUAUCUCAAGUUAAUCUUCUCGUCUGCAUUUUUAUGAGUGAUUGUUCCACAUUUAAUGCAUUGCACUUUUAACUGUUAUUUUGGUAUGCCACUAUCAAAAGUAGUCUCUGUAAAUAAUAAAUCAGAAUGAAGCUGGCAUCAUGAUAGCCCCUCUUAAAUUAUGCAAUCAUGUUCAGAACAAUAGAUAUCUCUGAUUAAAGUGCAUCACGAUUCUUCAAGUAAGUCAUAAUUAUGGUCACCACUUUUUUAAUAAAUUCAACAAAAUUAUAACUGUAUAUGAUCAUUAUUUUAGACCCAGUUGUUAGUUGAAUAAAACUCCUGUAAACCUUCACAAACUGUUCAACAAUUAUGGGAGCUGUAGUUUGUUGACAGCUGAAGUACAUUGGGGAAAACCUAUAUGCUAAAAAUAUUGCUUAGUUGUUAAAAUAACCAGAAUUCAAUAGGUACUAAUACAUUUUUUGAUAUCUCAGAUUAAAUUUUAGAAAGUAUACUUAAAGGGACACUAUAGUCACUAGAACAACCACAGCUUACUGUAAUUGUAACAAGAUGCAGUGUGGGUAGGCUAAAGAUAUAUACAGUAUCAGUAGAGGUGCUUCCUGGGGCAGUGCUGCAAAGUGUGUAGCACUGACAUUCAGUGUCUCCUCCCUCUGCAUGGAGACACUGAAGUUUUCUCAUAGAGAUGCAUUGAUUCAAUGGGGAGAUUGGCUAGGGCUGUAUUUGGCUUUUGCUGGCUCUGCCCCUGAUCUUCCUACUUGACAGUCUCAGCCAAAAGCAGAUAAGGGGCAGAGCCAGCAGCAGCAGACUUGACUAAAAAUAAGAUUUUGUAUUAUAUAUGGGCGCACGGAGGAAGGGGUGCUAGAUGGUUUUAUUACCACUAUAUGGUCAGGAAUACAUGUUUGUGUUCCUGACCAUAUUGUGUUUUUUAACUCUAGUUUGGAUAUCUCAAGUAGUUAGUAGAUUAUGUUUUCAUUAAUCAUAUUGUACUUUAAAAAAAUAAAUUUUAUUUUUGUUGCUUGUUAUUUUUAUCUUAAAGAUAUGACUGGUUCAAAGAACUCAAUUUAAAGUGGUACACAUUGCCCGCAGUAGCGAACAUGCUUCUUGAAGUUGGGGGUGUUGAAUUUCCUGCAUGUCCUUUCAAUGGCUGGUACAUGGGGACAGAAAUUGGUGUUCGGGAUUUUUGCGAUAUUUCUCGUUAUAAUGUGCUCCAGGUAAUUUAAUUUCAAUAUAAUAAAAUAUAUACUUUUUUUUUUACUAUUUUAGUUCCAGAAUAGGUUUCAUGCACUGUUUCAAUAUAUUUUACCACAUUUUUAGAUAAUUUUUGAAACUUUUUGGAACUGCCUACGUGUACACUAGAACAUACUGACUUAUAGUGAACUUGAACGCAUGCCAUUUAGAGAUGUAAAUAUAACAUUUUGGGCUAUAGUUAGCAAACACGUGAAAGUAGAUUUCCAAAAAUAUGUGAAUAUGGAAAGAAAUAUAGUAUAGUUAUCUAUGAAACAGAUGUGUUUUGUUUAGUCAGGUUAAAACUUAGCAUUGCCAUCAAUAUUUAAUCAAUUUCUCUCUGUAGUUGAUUAAUUACUCAAAGUUUAGAUUGGUUAAGGCUAUCUGAUCACAGUAGAUGAAAAUGUUUAUUCAAAGUUAAAAUGUUAAAUAUUUGUCAUCAUGUAAAGUGAUGGUGGAUUAAAUGAAGUGUAGAAGCUUUUUUUAUUGAUAAUAGGUCAUUUGCUCAUUUAUUUAGAAUUGUGGUGAGUUAAAAAAGGGAAGUGCAAAUUAAAGUUUAGGCUAGAAAAGUGGAAUUAAAAAUAUAAGGCUAUUUUUCCUGCUAGUUAUUUUAAUCUAAAAUGUGUAAUUUACUCGCUCACAAAUCCAGAUUAAUUAAUAGCCCCUUUGUAUUGAUGUAGCGCUUACUCAAGAAUAUGUUCUAAUGAAACGGCAAUCAACUGAGGGCAUACAAAGUAAAGUUAUUUGAUAAAUAUAAACCGACAUAUGUUUUAUCUCUUUGCAGGAUAUAGGAAAAAGAAUGGGUCUAGACACAAGCAAAGUUACAUCUUUGUGGAAAGACUUAGCUGUGGUUGAGAUCAAUGUUGCGGUACUCUAUAGCUUUCAAGUAAGUUCCACUUAUACAUUGCGUAACAUCAAGUCAGCUAAAGUGUUAGAGACUGUGAAUGUAAGAGCAAGCUGUAGAUACAAUGAUAUAUCAUUUUACUGAGCAGUAAGAAUUGAGAACUGAAUAUUGGACCCUGUUUGUUAGAUACUGGAAGAAAAGUGAGAUGCUUAAAUUUGUGACAUAAAUUUUCUAACUGUAAAGGACAUGCUUUUAUUGAUAUCAUAUAUAAUGGAUUAUUUUACACGUGUAUCAUGGCUAAUAUGGCUACCAAAAAAAGUAUUAUCAUUACCAGCUAUUAAAUAUUCCUGGAGAAAUCUACAACCUUCUUUAAACAGUGUUUUACCCAUAAAAAUACCUACACCUUGAUUCAAUAGAGCCCGAUUUGUUGAGAUUUGAUGUAGCAGCAAAGUUGCGCCAAACUACUAUUUACUAAAUGCCAUAAUCCAAAAGAAAAAUCAACGUUUCCGACCAGAGAGAAAUCAUUCCAAAUAAAAUAAUAGAAUCUGCUACCCUAUAUCCUGUGUACUAAAUGAUGCCAUGGUUUCAGAGGUAUAGCUCCGAUGCAAAUUAAGGUAAAAAGUUUAAUUCAAAAGAAGUUGCGUUUUGCCAGACUCCACAAUAAAAUCCAAGAGCUGGUCUGCUCCUCAUAUUAAAAGAUCCUAUUUGAUUUCCCUACCCCAUAAUAAAUUAAUUAUCCAAACACGUAUAGCACCAUUAACACCAUGAACAGCUGUAGUGGUUAUGGUGAUUAGAGUAUUCUUUUAUUGUGGCUUCAUCUGCUAUAGGUCACACGAGUUUUGGUAAUGGGGGGGUUUAUAGAAGACUAUUUGGAAAAAGUAAGCAGAUGCAUAAGAAAGGUGUUUGAACAUUAUUUAUUCAAAAUAAUGUAAUUCAUUUAUCCUGUACAUUAUCAUGAGGUACAGUAAGGGUCUGUUGGAAAUAUAGACAUUACCUAUUUGAUAUGUAACUCUUAAUAUGUGUUUUUGAGAAUCAGCAUAACACAUAGCUGUGAUUGAAAGUUCAUUUUAUCUGACUGGUGUAUUAUCUUGCAGAAACAGAAUGUAACUAUUACGGAUCAUCACACUGCCGCAGAGUCCUUCAUUAAACACAUGGAAAAUGAACACAGGCUGCGGGGAGGUUGCCCGGCUGAUUGGGUUUGGCUGGUUCCACCAAUGUCAGGAAGCGUCACUACAGUUUUCCACCAGGAAAUGCUCAAUUAUAUCCUCAGCCCUUUUUACUACUAUCAGGUAUCACCAUUUGUUAGAUACUAAAACCAAGAAAUAAUAUAUCACAAAUGGAAUUAUAUCACAAAUGGAAUUAUUUCAUUGUUUAAUACGAUACAUGGAAAACUUCUCAUUUUUUUAUUUUUCCAACAUUCCAAGGUUGAGGUGUAUUGUAUAUUUUAUAGUUUUGUCAGGACACAUUUCCACAUUUUAUCCAACUGGAUACCCUUUGUACAUUUGAUUGGAUUCUGCACUCACCUAUAUAAUCAAAGAAAGGCACACAUUCACUGGUAUAAUUUAGGUACCACUUGCUUGCUGUAUUCUGUCAUUCUUGUAUGCAUUUUAUAAGCCUAUCUGAUUAUUUGUUUGUUGUUUUCGAUUUAUAUUCAUGCAACACUUUUUCUUUUAGAUUGACCCCUGGAAGACUCAUGUGUGGCACGAUGAGAGCCUUAAGCCAAAAAAGAACACAUUUAAGUUCAGUACUAUUGCAAAGUAAGAACACACAGCUUUUGUAUUUGUUUUUAGUGAAAACAUCUUAAAGGAACACAUCAGGGUGUAGAUAACCAGCAGUUUUAGAAUAUAAAUAAAUAAAUACCAUAGCAACUGAACGUGAAUUAAUUGCUGCAUAACUACAAUUUAAGCAUUGUUUAAUAAGAUACUCCAGGUGGGAGAUGUAUUACAUAGACUUUCCAGAGACAUUCUCCAGCUCAGAUAUAAUCACAACUUAUUUAUAUGUUAUAUGAAUAAUAAGUGUAUAUAUACAAACACACUAUUUUCAUAUGUCUAAAUAUAAGUAGCGUGGAUGGAACACACUGAGGUUAUGCCAGAACAAUCAGCUUUAAAAAAACAACUAUAUUUGUGUCUACACAAAGGAACACUCUAGCAUUAGGAAUAGAUAUCUGUAUAUCUACAGCCCUGACAGCCCUUAUCAGUUAGGCACCCUCCAAGUAAAAUAAAAAUAAGAAAAAAAUACAUUACUCACCAUUUCUUCAGCUCCUCGGGUUGCAUCAUCCUGGAGGCAAAAAGCCAAUCAAAUGCUUCUCAUAGAGGAGCAUUAAAGAACAUAGGCAUAAGUGAGCCGCUUGCUGUGAUGCACCUAUAAUAUUGUAUCCAAUGAUUCUCUAUGGCCGACCAUAACGGCACUGUGCAUGUGUGCAUGACGUCAUGGUAUGUUAUGGUAUGAGAGCCAGGAAGUAAGAUUCCUGGCUCUCAUACCCAGAUUGCUUGGAGGCGUGACUUGAAGCCGUGCUUCCAAAUCUUCAAUUCAGUGAAAUAAAGUGUUUUGCUGGGUUGGAUGGUUGUGGGGAGGGAGGGAGGGGGAGAAGACUGCAGGCACUAUAACAAUAAGAUGCAGUUUUUAAAGUGUGUACUGUGUUUCUUUAACAGUAGAAUCUGUCAACGUUCUACAGUUAGACAUAUGUUCUGUCUCCUUUAUUUUUGUUUGCUUUAUAGGUAUCUUUUGUUAAACUGUUGUGUAACAAAUUACAAAGUAGCCAUUCUAAUCUUAUUUGUUGGAAUGCUACAUAUGUUUAACCAAAACUUUCACCAUUGUAGAUCUCUUCUUUUUGCAUCCAUUUUACUGAGGAAAUCAAUGGCUUCCAGAACCAAGGCAACUAUCAUCUAUGCCACAGAAACUGGGAAAUCCGAAACAUUUGCCAAAAAGCUGCACACUUUAUUUAGCUAUGCUUUCAAUUCCAAGGUAAACAUCUGUCUUAAAGGAUCACUCGAAAGUUAGGAAUAUAUAUCCUAACUAUUUAGAUUGCUGGGUGAGCACGUCUUGCCAAAGUUGUUGCUCCUUUCCUGGCUGAGAUGAUCCUUGCAGGUGAUCUCAGCCAAUCCAAUGCUUCCCCAAAUAUGAAAUGGAUUUUUGCUAUAAUUUUCAAUGGUUAUACACUUGCCUUCAUUUAUCAAGUAAAAACAAGUUAAGAAAUUAAAGUGCAGCUAGAUUUCAAUAGUUAUUACUGUUUCACGUAUUCAAAUUUGGAGUAAGAACAAAUAAAGAAAAAAAAUAUAUCUUUAUUUACCACCAAAAUACAAACAAUAAGGAGGUUUGUAUGUCCUUUGGAUCCCCUACUUUGCCUAAUCUACGGACCAAUACUCAUUAGUUCCAUACUGGUAGUGAACAUGCUACUAUGAAUGACAGUGCUUUGGAAAUUAUACUAAUUCAGAACAAUCUAUUCUAAUAAUGUGCCAGUUCUGAAUAGUAUUCCUAAAUUUGGCACCAAAUGGUUUCAUGUUCUAGAAACAAUAUUUAUUUUAACAGCAAUUUCCAAUAUUUUGAAUUUGAUACAAGGCAACCUUUAGGUCUACACUCAAAUGGCUAAUUAUAUAUAUAUAUUUACAAACUUAUGUACAUAAUGCUGAACUUGUUCCUGAUUAAAACGUGUCUCCCACUGUCGCUCUCUCUUAUGAUUGUGAGUUUUAUAUUUUAGGUCCUGUGCAUGGAUGAAUAUGACAUCAGUAACCUAGAAAAAGAAACACUUUUAUUGAUUGUGACAAGCACUUUCGGAAAUGGGGAUUGUCCGGGCAAUGGGGAGGUAGGAUGCGCUGAGUUUUGUUGUUAUUGUUUUUUUGUGUUGUCUGUUGAUUAUUAUUAACAAGGCAAAGCAUGUCUGAGGAAUGCUAAGAGACUAGAUAUUGUAUGAUUGCAAAAUACAAAGAACAAAUGUCCUUAUUUUCUGAAACGCAAGAAUUAUGUAACAAUACCGUAUUUUAAGUAAUAAUUUAUUUCCCAUAUGGUAAUUGAUAAAAAAAAAUGGAGGUUAUGUAUUCCGUUUAUACAGACUAAACAAACCAAAGUCUGUAUUUCCCAGAGAAUGAUCACUUUCCCCAACCUGUAUAUAGAUAUCUGCCUCUGAGGAUUGUGGGAGAAGGAGCCAAGUAUAAUUUAAAAGACUGCACAUUGUUCAACAAGCUUUAUUAACAAGCAUUAUACUGACACUGUCAAUAUAUUAAACAUCUCAGAGUUCAAUAAAGAAAAAAAAAUAUUUGGAAAAUAAAUUUACUCAAGUGCCUCUUUCACCAUGGUUUAUCAAGAAGAGGAGAAUGUGGCCAAUGAGAUUACAGUUUAAAAUCAUACAUAUGAUAAUUGAAAUCCUACAAUUCUAACAAUGUAUAAUUAUAUAUAUUUCUAUUUCAAACGAUUUGUAUAUAAAAAAAUUGUAAUUAAACUUUUAUUCCAAUAUUGUAUAAAAUACAUUGUUUCAGUGCCCAGCUGGAAUUAUCACCAGGACAAUGAGACAUUUUACACAGAUAUAAUACACUUAUUUAUAGAAAACUAAAAUACGUACCAUCCAGUUGUGCAGAUCACAUCUCCAUAUCCAUGUCCCCUAUGGACGUGUGCUGUAAAUAUAUUAAUUACCAAAGGUAAUGCCACAGCGUUGCACAAGAGAAAACUGACUGCAGUCUAAAACCCCUCACAUGCCCAUGCGUAUCGCUCAUCACACCCCCUAUUUGGCGACCAUAUUGUUUGCCAUGUAAAUAUAUAUUGCACAUGCCACACUGCUGUGAACCUAGGUACAUAUAUCAAGUUAUAAACCAUUCUGUUAUUGUGUACAACUAAAUACAUGCAAUACAUUGUUAUUAAGUGCAUACACUAUUGCUAAAAUAAGGUUCUUGACUUAUUUAUUACAGUGAUGAUUACAAAGUGCAUGAAAUAUGAAGAGGAUAAAUUAUUAUACAUAUUCAUCACCCCUCAUAUGUGUACUAGUGUUAACUGUACAUUAAAGUGCUGCUAGUUUAAUCAAAAAUAAAAAUAGACAUAACGUAGUUUUAAACUCUGAUUAUGAAUAAACAUUGUUGUGACUUAAAGUCCCAUUUCAUUCUGGUGUCAAGUGCAAAAAUACCUAUAGAAAAACAAUUAACCUAAAAGAAUUAAAAAAUAUAUAUUUACAUACACACAUAUAUUUCUAUCUUACAGACAUUUAAGAAGUCGAUCUCUGCCAUGAGCAAAUUGAAAAACAAAUUAAGGUAGGAAUUUGUAACAUCAAAGAAACGUGUUUAUGUUAGCAAAAUUAUGCUAACAUUAAAUAUAAUAGGGGACUUAUGUUUUUUUUUAAUUUAAAUAACCUUCAUGUUUCAGCAAUUCAUGUUCUAUACUUUUAUUUUUGUCCUGAUAUUACAUGUUAUGUUACUGUGGAAAAAAAUGACCAAAAUAUCUUAGAAGCUACUUCAAUAUUGUUCAGCAAACCCUUACUUAGAUACAUACAAAUAGUGCUCCACCAGCCAUAAUCAAUUCUAUAGAGUCUGUAAUAUAAAUAUUAUUUUGAACUGAACUUAUACCUUGCAUUGCAAAAAGGUGAAUCAGUGAUUCUAAAAACUGUACACCAACUACCUGAUGUAAGCUCUACAUCGUCUAGCCACUUAUCAUUCAAUGGUAGGAUUUAAAAGCAAUAAAAAACAUGCUAUAUUUGAAAAAUUUAUGUAUUUUUUGUCUUGGUAGGAAAAAUAAAUAAAUAAAUGAACAAGUAAUUACUUAUUUUGAUUAUUAUUACUAUAGUCGUUAGGUAUGGGACAGUAAGCCAAGAUUCUUCACACCUGUCUUCAUGAUAUAUCAACAAGCCAGAAUGUCUCUGUUCUAGUACAGUCACAUUACGUGAUAAUAAUAAUAAUAAUUAUAAUAAAAAAUUAUUUAACAUAAGUAGUAUUUAAUUUGGUACAUGAAACUGUACAGACAUUCUCAAAUCCUAACUUUAGAGUACAGCUAUGAAGACCAUUACAAUAGAUUAAGGCAUAUACGUUCCUCAAUUUAAUAAUGAUUUCCAAGGAACUUGAAAAUGUUUGUUCUUAUUAGAAAGGACAGGGUUAAGCAUUUGACCUACAUGUUCACCUGUACAACCUGAAAGGCAGGGACACAUACCAGAAAUGCUAGUUUGCUGCGUCAAUGAAGGAUGGAAACCAUUACAAAUGACACAAAUUGCCCCUUCAAAAGAAUAACUAUCUUUUCUUAGAAGAGCACGUGAGAAUGUAUUUCUUUAUGAGAGUACGUGGAGUAAAAGGCAAAUUUGGAGGAUAGCAAUGAGGUUCUUCUCUUUCAUAACAGGUUUGCUGUUUUUGGCCUUGGAUCCAGCAUGUACCCUCAUUUCUGUGCCUUUGCUCACACUAUGGAAGAGAAGUUGGCUAACCUCGGAGCUUUACAGAUUGGUUCUACGGGAGAAGGAGAUGAGCUCAACGGUCAAGAUGAGGCUUUCCAUUCUUGGGCAGCCCAUACUUUUAAGGUAUUACUAAACAGUUGUACAUGCACAUUUGUUCUGAGAUGAUUAUCACUUACCCAACCCAGACUUCUUUUUACCAUACAGUAUAUUUAUAAGAUGAUCUCUCUAUUUGUCUGCAUAACUGUCUAACUAUCAGCCUAUGUGUCUGUCUCUCUGUCUAUUAGUCUCUAUACCUUGCCCGGAAGGUAUCAAGGGCUAAAUAACACUAUACAAACAUUUAAACAUUCAUACAAAAAAUACGUUGAAAUAAGUACAUAAGAUUCAGAGGAUUUAUCUAGUAUGGACUAGAGGUUCUACAACAGGUGCUUUGUUGAGCCGUGACGAUCUAUUUGGCAAAACCUGGUUUUGUUAUCAUUAUAUUGAAAAAAUACAAAUCAUUGACGUGGAAGAUAAUUGUGCAUGCCAUUUUUAACUCACAAGUGCCUCUUAAUGGAAUCAGUUUCAACAGCCGUAUAGAUAUAAUCUGUCAAUUGACUAACUUCUUGUAGGACUUCUUACCAAGGAGGUCCAGGUGAUGAUCGAUAGGGCAAAACUUGUUUUUGUUAUCAAUAGUUCAAUUUCAUUUAGGUGGAGAUGUAGCUCUAUAUGAGUCUGAAUACCAUACAGAUUUGGAUAUUUCUGAGACAUGUAAUGAUAACCUUGUAAUGUGUUCCCACACAUAAAGGUGGAAAUGUACACCUGCAGGGUAUGGCGAUUUUAAAGUGAUUAAAAUAUUAAGCCAAAAUAAAUAGACAUUUUUUUCAGUCAGCUGUUUUCACUUUAUUAUCUAUUUCAUUUACACUUAUUGGACGUGUGUCAUGGGGAGGUACACUUUACCUUGCUUUAUCAUGAGUCAGAUUUGCCUAUCUCACAAUUCUUUUAAUUUUACAUGUUUUAAGUUAUUUGAUUAAUUUGUUAUGGUCUAAAACGAAAUCUACUUUGAAUUAUUUUAAAUUAAACAAAUAUAUAUAUAUAUAUAUAUAUUAAAUGUUCAUCAUAUACUUGUACUAACAUGAGGUUCUUAAGAACAAAUAUAUAACUCCAAAUACUGACUGUAAGAUAUUGAUAUAUAAAAUUUUUCUGUAUACUGUUGCAGGCGGCAUGUGAAGUAUUUAAAAUUCGAGACAGAGAAAGUAUAGUAUUGCCAAAGUGCUAUACCUCAACAGAAACUUGGAAUCCUGAAAACUACCGCCUUGUGAAGGAAACACAGUCAUUGAACUACAUCAAAGGUAUCUUCAUUUUGUAUUCUUCUUUAAGUCUAGAAAGAUAUGCAUUAAAAAAAUAUUGCAGCUGGGUCGCAGAGAUUAUCAUACUUUGCUUUACAAAGGGUAUGGGGUGCUUUUCUAUCACGGGUCAGUUUUCCUGUUAUGUAAUGUUUCAUGCCAAAGGCUAUGUGAGCACCAGUUUGUAUUUAUGACAUAGAUGCAUUCAUUAUACACAAGGAACUAGAAUCAGCUCGCUGGUGAUGGGAACUUAUAAGAGUAAGACAAAGGUUGGGUGCCUUGGUCAUUGCAGCUGUUCAACUCCUAUACUGACAAGACAUCUAAGUUGACUUUUAGAUGGUACAGCAUUGUGAGAGUUAUAGUCUACAAGAGCUAAAGUGUCAAGAGUCCUUUUGUUGGCACAGUUAAUGCCGUAUUUUCACAAUACAUCACACUUGCAUUAUUGUCACUCCACAGUUCGGUGGUCGGUGUAUUCAGGAAAAAGGUGUUGGCUCUCUGUAUUAAGGAAAUGGGGAGUUGAUGAUCUUACAGACAAAUGGACGCAGGAAGCACUUAAGAAACCAUUGAACAGAUUAGAUUUUCUAUUUAGUACUAUAUUUAUGGUUAACCAUUUGCAGGGGAUUUGCAAGCUGGAAAAUGGUACAAAAACAGUAUUUCUUUAAUUUAUUUAUUUGCUUACCCCAAAUCAGGAACUCGAAAAAGUUUGUCUUAUCUUCUUUAAUAGAGUAAUGAUUUUACUCUAUUAAAGUGGAACUACACUUUAAAUCAAAAUGUAUCUUAUAUUUAUAUUUACAGUAUAGCAAGAGUGAGGAAAAAAUAGCACAUAUUUUAAAAUGCAUGAAAUGUUCCCCUGACCUAUUUUGUAAGGGGUCAGUCUGAUGGCACUCACAGUUCCUUCAGUAAGACAUAUUUAGUACAAAUUAUUUAAAAGAUAUUUAGAAAACAAACACUGUAAUCUCACGUCUGCUACAUUCCCAAUCUCAGAGGUAAAAUAUUUACUAUAAAAUUAACUUAAAGGACCACUAUAGUGCCAGGAAAACAUACUCGUUUUCCUGGCACUAUAGUGCCCUGAGGGUGCCCCCACCCUCAGGGACCCCCUCCCGCCCGGCUCUGGAAGGGGAAAGGGGUAAAAACUUACCUUUUUCCAGCGCUGGGCGGGGAGCUCUCCUCCUUCUCUCCUCCUCCGUUCCUCCUCCUGGGCUGAAUGCGCACGCGCGGCAAGAGCUGCGCGCGCAUUCAGCCCGUCGCAUAGGAAAGCAUUUGCAAUGCUUUCCUAUGGACGCUUGCGUGCUCUCACUGUGAAAAUCACAGUGAGAAGCACGCAAGCGCCUCUAGUGGCUCUCAAUGAGACAGCCACUAGAGGAUUAGGGGGAAGGCUUAACCCAUUCAUAAUUAUAGCAGUUUCUCUGAAACUGCUAUAAUUAUGAAAAAAUGGGUUAACCCUAGAAGGACCUGGCACCCAGACCACUUCAUUAAGCUGAAGUGGUCUGGGUGCCUAGAGUGGUCCUUUAACACAAAGAGUUAAAGGUCAGCAUAGUUUUUUUGUUUACUCAACGCAAGAUGCAUACUUGCUUUGCAAAUUCAUGGUGACUCUUAAUGGCAGACUUAACUUUUAAGAGUUUCUCAUGCAUAUUCAAGGCCCAUGAUGUUUACAUGACAAGCCUGCUGCUACGGCAAAAGAGCAUAUUUAGAGUCGUUGUCACAUACCUACUAACCAAGAGUAUUUUAAUUGCAGCUACCUAUGAGGUAAUGGGAAAUAGUUUGCAUUGAAUCAUAACAUUUUAAACAACUUUAGGUCAUGUAUUCACCAAAAUGCGUGUUCUGGUAAAUGCUGUGUGGUUUACAAAUGCAGCAGAUUUAUCAGACUUGCAUUGCAUGUAUUUUUACCUGACCUUGAAAAUACUCAUACUAUUUACAGUGCUAUUUUUUCAUAAAUAACUUAAUACACACCCAAAGUAAUGAACCAACUUACACCUAUUAAAAUUAUCACUCAUCUGACAAAUAGUUUUUAAACAGUAAUAUUUACCUUUACCCGUAGUCACAGGUUUGCCACAUAUUGGCUUUAACCCCUUCUGGAAUAAAAGGGAAUCAUGAUGGAAUAUUUCCGUCAUGUGUCCUUAAGGGGUUAAUUUGGAAAAGGAAGUUGUAUAUAUUUGAUAGUACCCAAUUGGGAAUAAACUCUGAUUUCAGUCAAUUGUGGAGAACUGAAAAACAUGCUUUCACACUUAAAGGGACACUAUAGUCACCAGAACAACUACAGCUUAACAUAGUUGUUUUAAUGAGUAUAGUCAGUCCCUGCUGGCAUUUUAAUGCAGUGUUUACAUUACAGCCUAGGAACACCUCUAGUGGCCACCCCUCAGAAGGCCCCUAGAGGUGCGUCCUGGGGCUCUGCAUUGCGACACUGAACAUUCCUCAUACAGAUGCAUUGAUUCCGCUCUGAAAAAGGGUGCUUUUUAACCAUUUACUUUCUUGACAGGGGGGCUGAGGGCCUAAAUAAUGAUAUUAGAUCUAUAGUGUCCGGAAUACAUGUUUGUGUUCCUGACACUAAAGUGCCCUUUUAAGUCCAAAAACAAUAACUGGAAAAUUCCAAAAAUAAAUACUGGGCUACUUUGGCAUGCAUUUAGCAAAUUAUGUUUACAAUUCAUCCCAAUCCAAUAUUUUAUGAAUAAACCUCCACCAAUGUCACCAAACAUUAAAUUGCUUGGAAGGACCCAACGAAUUUCAUAAUACUGCUGCAGUUUCACAGAGAGUGUUACUACAUAUCUAUGCAAAAUACAGACUCUGUUCCUUGGCUUUUGGUCUCUAAGGCAGCACCAUUGCUGAGAGAUGCUGGUUCCCCACAAUUCCCUUUAUGUCUUUACUACAUAUCUCUAUGGACAAUCCAUAUUGUUGAGGUUCCUUGGUCCAUUCUCCUUUUUGUAUAAUGGUAUUCCCUCUGGUUGGGAUAUGAUGAUUCCUGGACAGGCUGUUUGCGGCCUAUCUUCUUUGCAUAAAGUUCAGAUAAGUGUUUGAUCUUUUUGUUUUUUAUUUUGCUAUGUUUUGUUGUUAAUAUAUUUUAUUCAUUUUUUGCAGCACUCACUACAAUGCAUUCUAGGAACAUCCUUCCAAUGAGGCUGAAACACAGAGAAAAUCUAUGCCAAAACUCAAGGUAAUUCAGUGACAAAAAUAGAAAAUAUUUACAAAAAUCAUUGAAUUUUUACUCAAAUGUUUACUAGUUGUUGUCAGAGAAAACCGGUCUUGUCCUAGAUUAUAUGCCAUUUUAAAAAUAUUUACUAGCCAGUGUAGCUGUGAUGCCAGUUUUAAACAUUCUCCGUCCAAAGACAAAAAUCACAAUUGAAAAGCAUGGAACCAGCAAUGUUAAUUCCAUAUUAACAUUCAAAAGUAGAAGGGACAAUCAGAACAUCUUAAUAAAUACUUGAAUAAAUAUUGCAAUUUAAAUUAAAAUGGGAAGUUCCCUGGAAUGAGACUAGGGUUAUAGACUCAUUUUCUGCUUGUAGCUUAUAUAAUGGUUUACUAACAUCGUCUUUGAUUAGAGGUUUUUAGAAUAUAUAUUAUCAUUCUAUUGUGUUUUCACUUUUUUCACAAAUUUAUUUUAAAUGAAUAUACUUUUUAAUAAUUUUAAAUAUGCAUAUAUUUUGUGCAUACCCCAAGCUUUUGUAGGUAUUUAGCCUUAUUCAAGUGAGGUAUCUGAUGCCCUUUCCUUUUGUGAACAUUGUUUACAUUGUAGCAUUAACCCAUUCAGUACCCUGCCAGAGAGCAGUGCAUGUUUUCUAGUUUGGCUAUUUUAACCUUAAAUUGUAUAUUCUCUUGAAUUCUCACUUUAGAGAAUAACCCAGAAUGUCUGUAAUAUUGGAGUGUUUUCAUAAUAUUAGCCCAUGUUAUGGUGUGCAUAUAUGCUUUUAUUGUUAGUUUAUUCCAGGUUUUGGAUGGAGAUUAAGUUGUUUACUAGAGUUAAAGGAUUAUGUACUGGCUGCUACUAUUUUGAUGUCCUUUUUCACCUGUAAAUGGAAUUAAAAAGAUACAAAAAGCCACAGUCAUCCAAUGUGUCUGUGUAACUAAAGCCAGUUGUUGAUCAGGCUGAGAGAACGGAAAUCCUGAAUGCGUAUUUAGUCCUAUUAUGAGAUCUUUCUCUUGUUCUCAGCCGUGCCACCCUGCUAGUCAAACUUUCCUGCGAGAAUAGCCAGGAAGUACAGUAUCUGCCAGGAGAACAUGUUGGUGUAUACCCUGGAAACCAUCCAAACCUUGUUACGGGCAUAAUUAAACUUCUGAAGGAUGCACCUCCCUGCAAUCAGGACAUCCGACUGGAGACACGCAGCGAACAGGGUAAGAUUUCUAUUAUGUUUCUGGUUAGUGCAAAUGCCAUAUACCAUUACUAUUCUUCAUAUCCCUGCAACUAAACCAGGUUCCACAUUAUGACCCUGAUGCUCUUGUGUUUUUUUAAAAAUAACACAACUGAAUAGCCAAUCCACUAACAGAUCAUCUUCUUGUCAUCAACACUCACUUCUAAACAAUAAGAAAACAAAGCAUUUGUGAAACAUUGUCGAACAGUGUUUUAGGUCAUGCAUUAACCAUCUCUAAGCCAAAUGACUCAUCACAAUACUCAUGGUAUAUGUCCAUCCCCCACGCCAUAAAAUGCACUGCCAGAAUUACAACUAAAAGUCUCUAUCAUGGGAUAAAAGAUCAUUUGUUUAUUGAAUGACUGCUCUGCUUACCUGCUAUUACUAGACUCUGCUUAUCUGCUCAGACUAUAAUGUAAAUGAACCACUUUACAUGGUAGUAGGGGGUUUAAUUUGCCUUUCAAAACCAAAACUUAUAAAAACUGGCAUUUAUUGUAGGUUCGAAUAAAUAAUCUCCCUUUUUUUCUAUAUCCAGCUGGAUGGGUAUGUGCUCACUCGUGGUUCUUUUGUUUUUUUGUUGAUGUUUUACUCUAAUACGUAGAGUACAGAUGCAAAAAAUAUUGAUGUCAACUAUUAAUGUCAAAAGAUUUAUCUAAACUAUUCCCACCUAUCAUGAGUGAUGUUAAAUUAGAAAUGCGAAACACAUAAUUAAUUGUCAUCAAAAUGUGAUCCUUGGUUAUUUUUCAAAUUCAUACAUUAGGUUACACAUUCACACUGUAAAUAAUAAUUUAGAGACAAAAUUCCAUAAAAAUAAAAUCCCUUCUGGGUUCCGCCAUAUCAAGAUUAGGAAAAUACAUAAUAUUUUGACAUUAGAAUUAGGGCAACAGACACCUAGAUAACAACAUACUCCAGCAUUUCAGCACCUGCAUGUGAAACAGCUCCACAUUUAAAGGGAAACUUAAACCUAAAAUCAUUGUUUAAAUUCAUUCAGAUAUACAUAUUGAAAAAUAACAUAUUUCUGCAUCAAGAGCUCUUAAAUAUGUUAGCUGACCUAGUACUGUCGUAAGUCAUUAAAAAUACACUUUGUCAUCAGUACCAAAACAGCGAAAAUAGGGAUUUCAGGUACACAAAAAACUUAUAAAAUGAUCUGAAUUUCCAGAAAAUCUAAAACCAUUAGUGCACACAAAAAAAAAGCAGUUUCAUAUUAUACACUAUUGAAUCUACAUAAACUAAUUGAUUUCAAUCAAAAUAUUGGCAUUUGAUCACAUCAUAUGGCUUUAAUGUGUUGAACUCACCAGUAUGUCAAAACACCCCAACACUGGUAGGUAUAAAUUAAAUUCUAACACGAGAGACAAACAUGGUAGUAAUAUUACUUACUGCUUAAACUGCUCCAAAAAAACUUUCAAAUGAAAUCACUGUGAUCACAAUCAAGGUCAGUUGAGGCAUAGACAGGGCACACAUAGCAAACGAGGAAGUGAAAUACAAACAUUGUUAAUAUCAUUAAUGAUUCCUGGAAAGUGAUGAUCAUUUAUAGGUUAAGACAGGUAAACACCAGUAUGUCAACUCCUUGUACUGAGUAUUUAAAGAUUUAUAUUUUACUGUGUACUUCGCAUCGAUAGACAUGCAAAUAUGUAUAAUUCUAAAACCACAGGUAACAAUUUUGAGAGAUAUCGAACUUCCAAUACAUUGUGAUUUUAAGUUACAGGUACUUAAAGGAAAACUGUCAUAAUUUUUUAUGAUUACUUAAAAUAAAGCACAACAUGUAGCCUUUACUCAUAUUGUUUUGUAAUUCAUACAUGUAUGUAAACGCAUCCUUUUGCAUGGAUCUUCUGGCUUACCCAUGUCCCCUGGAGAAGCCAUGUUAAACAUUUCUCUGGAAUGAACAGCUUGUUCAUAAAAACAAACAAACAAAACACAACAUCCUAACAUUGUGCGCAAGUGUUUGGCAUCCAAUUAUUUUUAUUUUUUUGCUUUCAACCAAAGAUGAGUAAAAAUGGCUGUCCCCACUAAUUAUGUCUAAGCCAGGAGAUACACUGAAAAUGUGUUCAUUACAAAAUAAUACACACAGUAGCUAUACAAAAUGCAGUAUUUUACUUAUCAGGAAUAACAAAAUAUCCUCGUUUUCUUAUAAAAAAUUCCUUUAGAAAUGCUUCCUUACUAAUAUUUUAGAACAUUCCAUUAAUAAUUUAGAAAGAUAGGAGAGGAAAUAAAAAAAUCUUUAUUUGCCACAUUUACAAUCAAACAAUAAAAACAAUCAGUUGCAACAAUUAUCAGCCUGCCAUUGUUUAUACAUAGUUAAUACUGCAAACAUAAUAUGUUGUAUAUUCCAUUACUGUAAAUGAUUUUGAUUUCGAAUAAAGUAAUGUAAAAAAGAGAGCAAUUAUUGCAAUCAUGCCAGGAUAGUCAGUUACGAGAAGAUGUUUAAUAUCCUGAUUGAUUUAUUUGAUUAAGAAAACCCCCAAAAGUCUCACUAGGCGUAAGGAAGUUAGAUUCGUUAACAGGAACAAUUUGGGUUAUAUAAUUACAGAUUUCCUUUUUUUUUUUUUUUAGGAAACUUUUGGACAAUCAGCGAGAAAAUCCCUUCUUGUUCUCUGUUCCAAAUGCUGACAUACUUCCUUGAUUUAACCACCCCACCAACCCAGCUGCUGCUGAAAAAAUUGUCUUUGCUGGCUGCUGACGUUACAGAUAAAACGCGGCUUGAAGAGUUGUGCAAUGUACGGAUCAUAUUCAUUGUUUAUCUAAAUGGCAUGUUAAUCAGGUUCUUUCACAAUGUAGUUGUACUGGCUUUGGCAUCAGUAUCACGUAUAUAUCCUAGCUCUAGGCACUGCUUAAAAUAAUAUUUUUUUUGCAGUCAACGUGACAUGUUAUUGUUAUUCGUGUUAAUGAUAUAUUUUUAGAGGUAUGCUUCAAAAACAGUAAGCAAUGUGGCAUAUUGUAGUGAUUAUGGUCCUAGGAGACUAUGAUUGUAGUCCCACUAUUUUUUGUCAGUUUAUUUUCAUGCGAUAAGCAUGCAGAGCUGCCAUCAGAAAUUUUGGGACCCAAAACACAGAUCAAGAUCUGGGAUCCUGGUGUCCUCCCCCAGGUCUGCCUACAGGGAACAUCCUGGGUCCACCCACAAGGAUGCAGUGUGCGUGUUUUCCGAAUGUGGUGUGUAUAGUGGUUACAGUGUGUUUAUAGUGGAUGUAGAGAGUGUGUGUAUAGUGGAUGCAGAGAUUGUGUGUAGUGGAUGAGGAGGGGUGUAUAGUGGAUGCAAAGUGUGUGUGUAAAUUGGAUGCGGUAUAUGUAGUGGAUGUAGUGUGCAUGUAAAGCGGAUGCAGUGUGUGUAAUGGAUGCAGUAAUGGAUGCAGUGUGUAUAGUGUGUGUUUUUCUAUAGUGAAUGCAGAUUGUAUGUUUGUGUAGUGGAUGCAGUGUGUGCAGGGCCGGUGCAAGAAUUUCUGCCGCCCUAGGCAAAGAUCCAUUUUGCUGCCCUCUCAUGUCACUCACUCACUGACAGAUACACACUGGCAGACACACACUCACUGACAGACAUACACUCACUUACACACACACACACACACACAUAUACACUCACUCACUGACAGUCAAACACUCACACACACACUGACACACACACAAACACACAGGCAGACACUCACUGACAGUCAAACACUCACACACUCACUGACACACACACACACACACAAACACACAGGCAGACACUCACUGACAGUCAAACACUCACACACUCACUGACACACACACACACACACACAAACACAAACACACAGGCAGACACUCACUUACAUAUAUACACUCACUCACUGACACACAUACACAGACACACUGACAGUUAAACUGACAGUUAAACACUCAAACACUCAUCUCCCUGGGGUCAAAUGUGGGGCUCCUGAACGCCUGGCUUUUCUGUCCCCCUCUCCUCAGAUGGUCAAUGGCAUUUGUUGGCAGAGCAGGCAUCUGCCAUCAAAGUAAGCAGGUGCCUGCUCUGCCUUACCUAGCACAGUUUCGGGGGCGCCCUGAGGUGGCCAGAUGGCCACCUCCGGCCACCCUGUGACUGGGCUCACCAUUCGGGAGCCUUGAGGAUCGGCUCGGCGCUGGGGGUGGCUCAAAAGUUUUGUGGAUGCAGGGUGAGUAUAGUGAAUGCAGAGUCUGUGUUUGUGUAGUGGAUGCUGUGUAUGUAUAUUGAAUGCAGAAUGUGUAUAGUGAAUGCAGAGUGUGUGUCUGUGCAGUAGACGUAGUGUGUGUAAAUAUAUUGUGCAAAAUAGGGGCUGCAUUCUGUGGGAACAAAAAAAAAACAUUUUUAAAAACAUUUAUUUCUUUUCCCCAGCUAAGCAUCUUGUUCAUGUUGUUUUGCUCUUUUAUGUCUUAAACACCAUCAUAUUCUUUAGGUCUUCCUUUUAAUAAGUGUCUCUAUUUAAUUCUUUCAGAGCACAGAUAAAUAUAAUGAAUGGAAGUCCUACUAUUACCCAACAUUCCUUGAGGUGCUAAAAAUGUUCCCAUCCCUUGAGGUACAUCCUACGUUUUUGAUAACACAGCUUCCAUCUCUAAAGCCAAGGUACUAUUCUGUUAGCUCCUCCACGGACGUGACACCCGGGGAGAUCCAUCUAACUGUUGGUGUUGUAAACUACAAGACGCAAGGUACAUUUCAUUUAUUUGUAUAUUGCUUUGUGAAAUUAGCUAUUUUUAAUCAGUACUAAUUAGUUAUUGGUAAAGUUCUCACAUAGCUGUUAAUACUAUUUCUAAGUCCCAGUACCAAUUUUCAGGUUUUUUACCACUGUCCUGACUUUGUUUCCUGGUGUCCCACUUUUGGGGGCACCGGAGAACUGUCUCUAACAAACAUAGUUAUGGUUGGGGCAUUAGGACCCCCUGAAAUAGUUCUCCUUGCAUGGUCCACCCUUGGAGGCUCAGCCUAGUUGAUUGUCAGUCAGCAUGGCAGCAUUCACGCUAUGGUGACCUGUCAAUUCUACAGAUGGGCCUGCCCCUUUAAACUCAAUGAGGUCUUUUGGCAUUCUUUGGCAUUCUUUGGCAUUCUUCGAGAUCAAUGCAAUACUCACAAACAGCUCUUCCAAACAGCAAUGGUAUGGAGAGCUUGCAUUCGGAAAUAAGGAUGCACACCAGAAAAAUAUAUUAAAGUAGUGCUUGUUAAACCAUCACCCUAAUGCAUUUUUAUUUUGUUUGUUGGGUUGUUAAUUAAUUAAGAUUCCCUUAAUUCAGUUAUAGAUCUAGUAACCUAUUUAGGACAAUAUUAACUUGGGAAAAAUAUACUACUAAAGCUAUACUAUUUGAUAAUUAUUUGAUCCAUUGAUUAAUUAAUCCACUGUUUCAAGAUUAGCAACCUGCUUUGCGCUAUGGCUCCCAUUAUGUUGAACUUUAUUCACCGUGGAAAAAAUAGCAACCUGUAGCAAAACGGACUUUGAAAACCUCUAUUUAUGUGUAUUUAUAGCGUGACUCUGUCUCUUUACCUAUAUGUUAAAUAUAGGAUCUACCAUCCCUGAUAGGUUGUGGCUUAAGUUGAAAUAUACUUACUGUUUGUAUUAACUAUUGUGCCUUACAGAUCUUUUUCUAUCCUUUUACAUUGUUUAAACCUCUUUUCCUAGAUGGCUCAGGUCCAUUGCAUGAGGGAGUGUGUAGCACAUGGCUGAAUACCAUAAACAUCAAUGAUAUAGUGCCGUGCUUUGUACGUAGGUAAAUAUACAGCGCUGGAAUGUCCAAAAACAUAUAUUACACCUUAGGGCAAGGCUGGUAAACACGUUGUCACUUUCUGCAUAAAUAAGAACUCAACAGAGGUUAUUUUUCUCUACACCACACUAAUGUAAGAUUUAAUUAGCUGUAAAAUGUUCCUAUGUAAGUCUGCUAAUGUAGCAUUCAAGUUGGUGGCAAAUAAAUAGUUGAGGUUUGUGAGUCCCAUUUGGCAGUGGUGGGCAUGGUGUAUCUCUAGAUUUAAAACCACAAAAGUCAUGAUGCUCUGUUAUUCUAAAGGCUGGCAAAGCAUCAUGAAAGUCACAGCUCUACAAAAUUUAGGAGUCUGCCUUUUGCACUGUUGAUUUAUAGUGAUACAUUUCAUGGGAGAUUAAACUUGUAUGAAAAAAAUAGAAGAAAAAGGAGGAUAGUUACACAUCUGUCCUGAGUGAUGCCUACCUCAGCGCUACAAAGUAGGGGGUAACCCAAAAAAACAUAUAUGAAAAUCGAGGAGACCCUUGAAACAAGGGGAUCCUAAUGGUAGCUCUGGGUUUUUUUCUGUCUACUCCCUUCCACCUUUACCAUAUGUUUACCCAAUCAUGUGUGCCCCCACCUUCCCUAUUAUUAUCUGAUUAUUACACAUGUUUUUUCUGUGUUUUAAGGGUCUCCUUGAUUUACAUAUAUGAAUAAAAUAGAACCUUACGGUCUACAAUACAAGCACAAAUGGUUAAUUAGUGUGAACACACAGUAGUUUUUGUACACAAUGUUUUAAUUGUGAUUUUCAUUUUGUUUUUUUAAUGGGAAUUUUUAUUUAAUAUUAAUGCCACAAACAUAACAGCCCAAAGCCUUUAAAGCAAAAAGGACUUGUUGAAAGCAGAAGAUGAGCAUUCAUUCAUGCCAUGUUUUUUUCCUUCUCCUAGUUCAAAUGCAUUCCACCUGCCUGAGAACUCAUCAUCUCCAUGUGUACUAAUUGGUACGGGGACAGGAAUUGCUCCAUAUCGAGGGUUUUGGCAACAGCGAACCUAUGACAUAGAAAAGAAAGGUAUAACAAAAUAACACUGAAAGGGUCACUUGAGGGUUUAUUGUGGCUCUAUGGAGAUCAGUGGUUCUCAAACCAAAAGUCCGGGAUUUAGGCUAAUUCUGAUUUUCUAGCUAUAGUGAAAAACCUGGACAACUGGUGUGCUUUCAGGACUGGCUUGUGUACCACUGAACUAGACAAUUCAUUAACAAUUGUAGAAUCAAGUUGAAAAAAGAAACCUUUCUUAUAGGGUCAGAGGGGACUACUACAGUCAUAUAUUGUUAUUGUUUAAUCUUCUACAUUUCCCUUUGUCACUUUAUAACAACACUCCCCAUCCUCUUCCUAUCUCAUUACCUUUUACAUACUUUGCAUUAUUCUCAGCACUAACUGCUGCCUUUGAAACACUCCUACUUGUUUCCACUUUCACUUGCCUUUAUCCCACACUUCGUUUACUUCUUCCAUAUCCUAUAUUUGAAUGCCCCUCCUUUCCAGUAUCAUUUUGCUUGCUCCUUGCAUUGUAGCAUCAUUUCUUGCAAUUUGAAACCCCCCACUCCCCAUUACUCACACUAUCCCAUACCUCCCACAAUUUCAAAAGGACAAAGAGGGAUAUUUUAGGGGUCUGAGUGGGUUUGGCCACAAGUGGGGCUGUUAUGAGAAAAUUUAGGUAACUUAAAAAAAAUAAUUGAUGCUACUAAAGUGUAAUUUAGAACAAGAACAAUGUAACUUAUUUACGCAAAUUGAUUUCUAAAAACAUUUAGGAUAUAAAAGAACACAGGGAUUUGGGCCCAAAAUAAGGACUGUCCAUUUUAAAUAGGCACAUUUGGGAGGUAUGCUAUCCUCAGACAUUGCUUUUAUUUCAGGACUCCAACAUCUUUCAUUGCAGCAGAACCACCCACUUACCAAGGAACCUAGCAUCAACAUAGUCCACUAGAAGUCGAUACAUGAAUAGCUGUUGAGCACAAGUGGUAACUGCUAUUGGGCUUUGCAGAAUGCUGUAGACUGCAAAUGUGUUUUUCUAAUUUAAAGAUAACACUAGGGAUUGUAGUCCAGCAUCAACUGGAAAGUGGCUUCAGUAGAGCACACGGACCAUAGAAGGACAUAACAAUAAAUAAAUACACACUAUAACCUAUUUCCUUUAGCUAAAUAAAUAAAGUAACAAACAGUGUAUUAAUUGCAGGAAAAAAGGCAGGUUCUAUGAUAUUAGUGUCCGGAUGCCGGCAAUUGGGUUUGGAUGAGGUCUACAAAGAAGAGACAUUAUAUUUGAAGAGCAAAGGAAUACUGAAGGAGGUGUACACUGCCUAUUCCAGAGAGCCAGGCUUGGCCAAGGUGAGUGGAGACUUGGUUAAUAUGGUACUUUAUAUUAAAGGGAUACUCUAAGUACAAAAAAAACAUAAUGAAGCAGUUUGAGUGUUUAGACCAAGCCUCUGCUGUCUCACUGAUCAAUUAUCUGCCAUUAGUUAAAUCACUUUUUAUCCUGUCCAUGCAGCCUUAGCCUCACCUCUGCUGGCUGUGACUGACACGGCCAACAUGAAAAAACUGGUUUCAUUUUCGGUCAGUACAGUGUUUUCACUUUAGAAGUUUUUAUCUCCUGCUCUGUUAAUUCAACUUUAAUUACAGUCAUGAUGUUUCUGCAGGGUCUAGAAGGCUAGUAACAAAGUUAGAGAUACAUUCUAAAUUAAAGAGAUUGUGCAAUAAAGGAUGUUUAAACAUAAGCUGUCACUUUACAGGAAAUGUUUAGGGAGGCUGUGUGAGUCACAUGCAGGGAGGUGUGGCUAGGGCUGCAUAAACACUGUGAUUUAACUCAUGAAUGGCAGGGUACCGAGUAGUUAGACUGCAGGGCAUUGUCUAUUCACCAAAACCACUCCAUCAAGCUAAAGUUGUUUUAGGUGCUCAUAGUGUCCCUUUAAAACAAGUCUUUAUUAUUAUUUAUUGCUUGAAGUACUGAAUGUUACUUUGAUUAAUCAGACAUUUCUAUUUUUUUUUUCUAAUCUUCACAAAUGAUCCUUAAAUGGACCAGACGAGGCAUAGCAACAUUAGUUCAGUUUAACUCUAUUGGUUACAUAACUAUCACUGUGAUACAAUAAAUGAAUUAAAAUACCUAACAUUGGACUCAAGACACCCCUUCUCAUAUCUUGCUAUAGCUUCUAUAGCCACAUACAGGAGCUUACACUCCAUUUACUAUUGCAAUAAGGAAGCAGACCAAUCAGCCUUUUCAUACCCUGUAACUGUGAACUAACAGAAAACAUCAAAUCUUCCACAAGAAUGCAAUAUUUGAGAAACAAAAUCAACUUUCUUAAGACAAAACCAAAUAGAAUGUGCAACAAGAUUGUAUCUUUUAAGUAUCACAGAAAAUCUUUGAAAAUUAGGGAAAUGUCUUACGUAUUUUUCCUGGUAAAACAUUUCAUAAAUUACUAAUUUCAUCAAUAAAGUUAGUCUUCAACCACUACUUGUUGCACAAUGCAAGAAUAAGCUAUCCCAUGACCUAUAGAUAUGCUAGCCUUUUAAUAUUUUCAGAUGACUGAGUAAAAUGUUGGCUUAUUACAACCUCUAACAGCUUUUACCGCCUUCCUGUCCACAGACAUACGUCCAGGACAUUCUGAAACAAAAUCUUGAGCAGGAAAUUUGUAAAAUUGUUCUUGAAGAACAGGGGCACCUGUAUGUUUGUGGGAAUAUUCAGAUGGCCAGAGAUGUGACUGCAACACUUAAGACCAUGAUCGCUAACAAGAAGGGAUUAAAUGAAGAGGAAAUAGAUCUUUUUUUCUCCCAGCUAAAGGUAUAUAAGUAUAAUUUGUGUUUUGUCUACUCUGAACAAACCUUAUGUUUUGGAAAGCUCUGAUUAUUAUUUUAAAUAUUAUAAAGUAAUUGUCAUGGAUUAUGACUGUCAUAACAAAUCUUUAGUAUUGUUAUUUUUACUCCAUCUCCUUCUUAUGUCAAAACACAAAGAAUUUCAUAUAGUUACAUAUGUCCUCACUUCCAUCUCUUAAACCAGCAAACAAGCAAAAAAAACUUUGAAAAUGAUGUAAUAAACAUCCAUAAACCUACUGUAAACUUGGUCAGAUUGCAUUGUUGGGAACGCCUCUCAGGCAGGAGAUUUUGUUCAGCCUUCCCCCACCUUCUUACCACACACUAAUCCAGUCCAGACCGGUCGACUAAUGACAAAAACAGGACAUCAUUGUUUAGCAGCAACAAGGUACCCGCACCCGAACUGGAUGUGGAAAGCAUUAGAAAUAAAAAGCAAGUAAAUAUGAAAAAAACCAUAUUUACUUAUUUUUUCAGCCUGCAUUGUAAGACAACUGUCUUAUUUAAAACUAAAGCUUCUAUAUGAGACAGUUGUCUCAAAGUGAUGCAUGUGCUUUUAAGUGCAUGACUGUCCUGUGACAUGAGAGCUUUAAAAGGCAGUUUUAAAGGGACACUAUCAGCACCCAGGCCAAUGAUUUCUUAUGGGGAGGGACUAAUGGACUUGCCGGUCUCGCCGCACAUGAGGAUUAGUGUGCCCCCCCGUCAGGUGAUGUUGAAGGUGGAGAAGCGCCAACCCAGAGUCGAGGGACAUCUGCACUGGAGUUGGGUGAGUGCUGUAAUGGUUAAUUAAGCCUUACACUAAUGGUGGCAUUAGGGAGGAGCAGAGAGAAGUAUACUGCUAGGAAUACAGAUUGUUUCCCUUCAAUGAUAAGCUCAGUAAGAGUAUCUAGCCAUACUGCUUUAGAGGGUGUUAUUAGGUGGAAUGCACAGUGCCAGUUCUUCUUUAUAUGAUAAUGACACAGCAGGAAAUUACAAGAAAGUUGAAAUGGAAAUGAAUAUGACGCUUUACAUUAAAGUAAAUGGCAAGACAAUUUUUCAGAAGGAAUUCUGUGAUCAUUUUGUUUUGUGUUGCAGAGUGAAAUGCGGUACCAUGAAGACAUAUUUGGUGCAACCUAUAAACCUUCACAGCCAAAAAAUGGAUUCCAACCUUUGACCUUUUAA